AUGUCAGACAUUACGGAUAAGACCGCGGAGCAGCUAGAGCAGUUGAAGAUCGAGGAGCAGACCGCACCUACGACGACGGAGUCGGAGACGCCGAAGGUGGAGACCUCCGGCGCCUCAUUGUACGUCGGAGAGUUGGAGCCUACGGUGUCGGAGGCCUUGUUGUACGACAUCUUCUCGCCCAUCGGGUCGGUGUCGUCGAUCCGUGUGUGUCGUGAUGCGAUCACCAACACGUCGCUCGGGUACGCAUACGUGAACUUCCACGACCACGAGGCCGGCCCCAAGGCGAUCGAGCAGUUGAACUACACUUUGAUCAAGGGCAAGCCUUGCCGGAUCAUGUGGUCCCAGCGCGACCCCUCGCUCCGCAAGAAGGGCUCGGGCAACAUCUACAUCAAGAACUUGCACCCAGCUAUUGACAACAAGUCGCUCCACGAAACCUUUUCUACGUUCGGCAACAUCCUGUCGUGCAAGGUGGCCACUGACGAGAACGGAGUUUCGCGCGGCUUUGGCUUUGUGCACUUUGAGAACGAGUCAGAUGCUCGUGAUGCCAUCGAGGCCGUCGAUGGUAUGUUGAUGAACGACCAGGAGGUUUACGUUGCGUUGCACGUAUCCAAGAAGGACCGCCAGUCCAAGUUGGAGGAGGUUAAGGCAAAGUUCACCAACGUGUACGUGAAGAACAUCGACCAAGAGACCUCUCAGGAGGAGUUCGAGGAGCUCUUUGGCAAGUACGGUAAGAUCACCUCUGCUGUUCUGGAGAAGGACUCCGAGGGCAAGCUACGCGGCUUUGGUUUCGUCAACUUUGAGGACCACGCUGCGGCUGCCAAGGCUGUCGACGAGCUAAACGAGCUUGAGUUCAAGGGCCAGAAGCUAUACGUUGGAAGAGCACAGAAGAAGUACGAGCGCUUGCAGGAGCUCAAGAAGCAGUACGAGGCGGCUAGACUAGAGAAGCUUGCCAAGUACCAGGGUGUUAACUUGUUUGUCAAGAACUUGGACGACUCCAUCGACGAUGAGAAGUUGAAGGAGGAGUUUGCUCCAUUCGGUACCAUUACCUCUGCAAAGGUGAUGAGAGACGAGACCGGCAACUCUAGAGGCUUUGGCUUUGUCUGCUUCUCCACUCCAGAGGAGGCCACCAAGGCUAUCACUGAGAAGAACCAGCAGAUUGUCGCUGGCAAGCCUUUGUACGUUGCCAUUGCUCAAAGAAAGGAGGUCAGAAGAAACCAGUUGGCCCAGCAGAUCCAGGCCAGAAACCAGAUGCGCUUCCAGCACGCCAACGCUGCUGCUGCCGCCGCUGUUGCCGGGUUGCCAGGCCAGUUCAUGCCUCCUCCAAUGUACUACGGCGGCAUCCCUCCACGUGUGCCAUUCCAGGGUCCUAACCCUCAGAUGGCCGGCAUGCCAAAGAACGGCGCCAUGCCCCCACAACAGUUCGGCAGACCAGGCCCAAUGUACGGUGGGUUCGCGCCCCAGGGUCAGUUCCCACGGAACGGCCAGCAGCAGCAGUUCUACCAGCAGAAGCAGAGACAGGCGUUGGGCGAGCAAUUGUACCAGAAGGUUUUCGCUAAGACUCAGGACGAUGAGGCCGCCGGUAAGAUCACCGGCAUGAUUUUGGACCUACCACCACAGCAGGUCAUCCAAUUGCUCGAAAACGACGAGCUUUUGGAGCAGCACUUCCAGGAGGCCCAUGCUGCCUACCAGAAGUUCAAGGAGGACCAGGAGGCCCAGGCCGCCGCCGCCGCUGCCGCCGCCGCAGACGCCCGCGAAUGA